ACUCCCUCUGUUGAGCUCUGCUGUGGAAGGCCAGAGUGAGUUCAUUUCUCCUUUAGCAGGAGCGGUUCACGGAAGAACUCUGAGGAACAUCCUGAGGACAAGAAACAUCCGGUGUCAUGAGCGGAACAUGCAGCAUUUUAUGGCUACAGAGUUAAGGCAAGGGUUGAAUUCCUCAAGUCGAAAAGCAACCCUUUUUGGAGACCCAACUCUCCAGGACUCCCAGGGGCCCAGGCCAGACUGAGAAGAAGACUGAGCCGCGAGAGCUGCCCUCUCUCCGUGGGCUGUCGCACAAACUGUAACUGAAUAUCGGUGCGGUCUUGACUGCACGGAACCAAGCAGUAGGGAUGUGACAGCUGCCCAUGGUGUCUGCCGAGGCUCUCUCUGGGGAUGGCGGAGAUGCGAGGGGUGCUCGUGGUCCUGCUCUGCGUUUUCCACUCUUCUGCCAUGAGGCUCCCGCCCUCCCCUGCAGGUUGCGGCAUCCAGCAAGCUGCCAACUCGGACGUCCUCGAUCCCAAUCCCGAGGAGAAGCUGGUCCGCAAAAUGGAGUUCCCCUGGGUGGUGUCACUGCAGGACUCCCAGUACACCCACCUGGCCUUCGGCUGCAUCAUCAGUCGGUUCUGGAUCCUCAGCAUCGCGUCUGCCUUUCAGAACAGGAAGGACAUUGUCGUUGUGGUUGGUUUAAAUAACAUGGAUCCCAGCAGGAUUGCUCACACCGAGUACCCCAUCAAUACUGUCAUCAUCCAUGAGGACUUCGACAACCAGUCGAUGAACAAUGACAUUGCCCUCCUGAAGACAGACUCGGAGAUGCAUUUCAACAGCCUGGUCCAGUCCAUCUGCUUCCUCAGAGGAGAGCUACAUAUGCCUCCAGUCUCGCAGAACUGCUGGGUGGCAGGAUGGAACCCCACGUCUGCAACAGGAAAACAUAUGACGAUGAGUAUCCUGAGGGGAAUCUUUGUGAAAGACAUUGACCUGUGUCCCAUACCCAAAUUCGAGAGCACAGGAUGCGGCCGUCACACAAAAGAGGAAACUAAGUCUGUCUGCUUGGGGGAACCAGGAAGCCCAAUGAUGUGCCAGCUAGAAAGGCUGAAUCUGUGGGUUCUGCGAGGAAUCCUGACGCACGGUGGGGAGAAAUGCCCCGGCCUGUUUCUGUACACCAAGGUGGAAGAAUACAGCAACUGGAUCCUGUACGAGACUAGGAUGUCUGGCCUCCCCCUGUCUUCACUCCACCACUGGGAGAGGCUGAUUUCUCUCUCCCAGCAAAGACCGCAUGCUGCCAAGCCACAGAGCACACCUGCUGCAUCGAAGUACCUCAAAUGGUCCCCAACACACUUCCAAAGACAAGCAAAAACCAACAUGCCUUUACAGCAAAUGAACAGCUCUAGAAGUGGCCUAGACUUUAGGGAAAAGGCUGUGAAUGAAUCGAGCCGGCUUUCUGAGCCAGCCGCACAACCCGCGUACUAUGACUAUUACGGUGGGGAGGCCGGGGAGAGCGGGUCUGCUGCAAGUCAGAAUACGCUGCAUCAGCCCCAAGAAAUUAUCUUGGUUUCCUCUGUGCUUGUUUUCUUUUGCAGCCGUGUCUACUCUGGGAGUUAACCCACCAAACUGAAGAGUAAGCUCAGAAUGCUGAGUGCCAGGCAUUGCCCAUGCUGUUUCGGUGUCUGUUCUUAGCAGUUGCAUGCCUGGGCUGCCACAGAUAGGCCCAGAGCACACACAGUGGGCUGGCUCUCCCUCCUUUGUCCCACUCCCACCUGCAGGAAGAUCACUUUCAUUUGUGCUUGUAAACUAAAUGUGGGCUAACAAGUGUCAAACCAUUA